AUGGGGAGGAGCGCAGGGCAGUUCAUCUUGCUAACCUUCGCCUGUGCAUUUUCCUCCUGCUUUGCUGAAGUGGCCCUGGGGGUCGAACAGUCUCCAGAAGCCAUAUCCUUCCACCAUACAGCUACUUCUGCUCAGCCGCUUUCACUUUAUCAUUCUUCACCCCACCAAGGUAACGCAGUUCAUUUUAACAGCACAGGCUCUCUUAAAACAACAUCCGUAACAGCUGUGCAGACAACAGACCAGCUCCAGGUAACAACAGCACCAGGCCAUCACUCGACAGCUCAGGCAGGAGCAACCACCAUACAGGUGACCAGCCAGGAAUCUCCUACGGCGGUAUCCACGUCAGCAGACAACACAACUGCAGCUGGUCAGGCUACAACCCGGGCAAUGGAAACAGUUACACCUGCAGUGAAGAACACAACUGUACACCCUAUGUCCUCAACCAAGCAAGACAGAACACAUGUGAGCACAGAGGUGACAGCAGCAGCCACAAACACAACCACAAAACAUACAACACCACAUACACAAAUGACAGCUGCUGCCUUAACUGCUACAGCCACCACCAUGCAAACCACAAAGCCCACCACAGGGUCAGGAAAUCAAACAACAGCGCCUAAAGGUCCAACAGCCACAGCUGUGACCAACACAACAACCAUUCAUCCAGGGACUCAAACAACCAUCCCAUCUACUACAACAACAGUGAGACCCACUCCUGCACCGCGGCCUUCUCCCAUCCCCACUGGCACAUACACCGUUUCCACCGGGAACAGGACCUGCAUCAAAGCAGUCAUGGGUUUGCAACUGAUGGCUGAAAACACACAGGAGAAGCGGAUGGAGUACAUGGCUGUCAACCCCAACGCGACACAGACAUCUGGCAGCUGCGGGACGGUGCGGUCUGAGCUGAACAUAACUUUCAGUGGAGGGUUUAUAAACUUCACCUUUGUAAAGCAAGCUCCAACGUACUAUGUCAGUAAAAUCGAGACCAGGUUACAGUUAUCUUCUGAAGGUAUGCUUUACUAUGCAGCCAUACAUGAGAAGCUGUUUACAACAAGGCUGGGGAAUUCCUUUAAGUGUGCCAGCAAGCAAACCUUCAUCUUGGAGAAGAACUUCCAGCUACUCUUUGUUAACAUGCGGCUGCAGGCGUUUGAUAUUGUCGGUAACCAGUUUGGAAAAGAAGAAGAAUGUUUUCCUGAUAAAAACAGCAAAGCAGCUCCCAUCGCGGUGGGCCUGAGUAUCCUGGGAUUGUUUGUCAUUGCGUUUGCCACAUUUCUCAUUUCCAGAAGAAAGCCGCAUAGAGGAUACGAACGUAUCUGA